CCCUUCUACGGAAGUGACGUACGCAGUGUUCCGCCGCUGUCAAGGGCACCGAAAACUAACGUUAGCCAAACCUAGCAGUAGCUGUCCGCACGUGCAUUUAAAUAAGAUCAAUAAAGCUACAGUUGUCGGUAACGACUCAGGUAAAAAAUGGACGGGUUCAGUUCAGACUUCUCAGCAGGUGGAUCCGGUGGUAAAGUGGACACCGGAACGAUCAUGGAGCAGGUCAAGGUCCAGAUCGCAGUGGCUAACGCUCAGGAGCUGCUGCAGAGAAUGACAGACAAAUGCUUCAAGAAGUGCAUAGGUAAACCUGGGAGCACGCUGGACAACUCUGAGCAGAAAUGUAUUGCCAUGUGUAUGGACCGGUAUAUGGAUGCCUGGAACACUGUGUCCAGAACAUACAACUCCAGAUUACAGAGGGAAAGAGCUCGCAUGUGAACGUCCUGCUCUUCACCCUUCCCUAUCCUCGGGCUGCUGCUCACAGUGAAUAAGAGCACAAUGUUUCCACUGAAGGCAGGAGCUGGGCAAAGUUGUGUCGUGGCAGCAGCACACCAUCAUCAUCAUCACAAUACCUCACAGACAGACAAGCUGAGCCUGUGGACUCUAGCUACUACAAUGUCUCUUUGGACAUUUUUAUUUUGCUCUGAGGAACACUUCAGUUACAAAGUUUGAUUAUUUGUGUUUUUCAGAAUUGACUUUAUUGUAAUUGUAAGUACAUACAAUGCAAUUAAUUAUGAAUAAUUAAGCUUCUGGUUAACAAGUAAACAUGCAUUUUAAAAAGCUGCAGUUUACACCUGCAUGUUUUAAUACAUGUAGGUGAGGAGGAUCGGAAACUCUAAAUUGCCCGGUGGAGGGAACAUAAGUGUGAAUGUGUCUGUAAGUUCGUGCUAGCCCUGUGAUUGACUGGCAACCUGUCUAAGGCGUAUCCCAUAUGCAGUGCAUGCUGGAAUAUGUUUCAACCCAGUGUGAAUAGGAUAAGCAGUUAGAAAAUUAAAAUGUACGUUUGCAAUGUGUCUUUAAUUCAGUCAACUGCAACAAUAUGGCUUUUGUUUGGAGUAAUUCUAAUAUGAUGUGUUUACUACAGCGUGGCUUCAAUAGAAACACUGACACCUUCCUGCCAUCAAAUUUAAGGUUGAAUGUUUCUUGUGUUUAAGAGCUGGUAUACUUGGAACAUGAUACCUGUAAUAACUGUAAACAUGACUUAAGUCUCUCACUCACAACAAUUGCUCCAUAAAACACUGUCAGCAUGUA